AUGAGCUACCAAGCGAGCCCGGCUGGCCCGACACGCCGGAGCAUCACGGCUUCGUCGGCCCCAAAUGCUCCUGGCUUCGCCUAUAACAACUCUCAACUUCCGAUGACAUCGGGAAUGACGAUAUCCCUACCGAGGAUACCCGCAAACGUCAAUGCCGCGGCCUAUGUGUUUACCGCUGCCCACGGAGGCCUGCAUGGCCGUAUCGUAUCGCCAGACGCCCGACAGGGCCCAGGUUUGGCAGUUGGAUCAUUUUGUAUGGUCCAAACAUCGAUCGACUCAGCAUGA